AGCUGCAGUCCUCAUCUAGCUGGGCCUUCCCACCCAAGCCCACCCAGCUCUACCCAGACCAGCACCCCCUCUCCCUUCUCUGCGUACCACCAGCACUCCUACAGACUUGGCAAGAGAAGCUGCCCGCUUUGCCAAGAUGUCCAAGGUAGCCAAGUAUCGGCGGCAGGUGAGUGAAGACCCUGACAUCGACAGCCUGCUGUCCACCCUCUCCCCUGAGGAGAUGGAAGAACUGGAGAAGGAGCUGGAUGUGGUGGACCCAGAUGGGAGCAUUCCUGUGGGGCUGCGGCAGAGGAAUCAAACGGACAGACAGCCCUCUGGCACGUUCAGCCGGGAAGCCAUGCUCAACUUCUGUGAAAAGGAGACCAAGAAGCUCAUCCAGAGGGAGAUGUCUAUAGACGAAAGCAAGCAAGUGGGGAAGAAGACAGAUGCCAAGAACGGAGAGGAAAAGGGCAGUGAUGCCAGCAGGAAGGCCCUAGGCCCCAGACAGGACUCAGACCUGGGCAAAGAGCCCAAGAAGGGUGUUUUGAAGAAAAGUUUCUCCAGGGACCGAGAGGAGACUGAUGGCAAAGGGGCUGAGAAGCCCAAGGAGGAGAAGGUCAUCAGGGGCAUUGACAAGGGCCGGGUCAAGGCUGCAGUGGACAGGAAGGAGGCUGGGAAGGGUGGCAAAGAGGAGAGGAUGGCAGCCCCGAAGAAGGAAGAAGACAAGACGGGGAGUGUCAGGAACGCAGGCUCGAACAGAGAGAAAGACAAGAAGAGAGAGGAGGAGCCCAGCAAGAAAGAGGAAGAGAAACAAACGGCAAAGAGCAGAAGCACAGUCUCCCAAAGGGAGGACGAGAGGCCGAAAAAGCCAAAUGAGAGCACAGACAAGAGAGCAGAGGACGAGGGUGCGCAAAAAGGAAGUGGGGACAGAGAUUCAAAAAAGGAGGAGGAAAAGGCUAAGAAGGAAGAGAACCGACCUGAUAAGGACGUCAAGGAAGAGAGCAAGACCAAAGCCUCAGAGAAGCUGGCCCCCAGUGGCCCCAGCAAGCCCUCUGAAGGGCCAGCCAGAGCAGAGGAGGAAGCAGCUCCCAGCAUAUUUGAUGAACCUCUGGAGCGAGUGAAGAACAAUGACCCAGAGAUGACCGAGGUGAACGUCAACAACUCCGACUGUAUCACCAAUGAAAUCCUGGUCCGCUUCACGGAGGCCUUGGAGUUCAACACCGUGGUCAAGGUGUUCGCCUUGGCCAACACUCGGGCCGAUGACCAUGUGGCCUUUGCCAUUGCCAUCAUGCUUAAGGCCAAUAAGACCAUCACCAGCCUCAACCUGGACUCCAAUCACAUCACUGGCAAAGGCAUCCUGGCCAUCUUCCGGGCCCUCCUCCAGAACAACACACUGACAGAGCUGCGUUUUCACAACCAGAGGCACAUCUGUGGAGGCAAGACCGAGAUGGAGAUAGCCAAGCUGCUCAAGGAGAACACCACCCUGCUCAAGCUGGGCUACCAUUUUGAGCUGGCUGGGCCCCGGAUGACCGUCACCAAUCUGCUCAGCCGCAACAUGGACAAGCAGCGACAGAAACGGCUGCAAGAGCAAAAGCAGGCUCAGGAAGCCAGUGGAGAGAAGAAGGACCGGCUGGAGGUGCCCAAGGUUGGGGCUCUGGCCAAGGGCUCCCCCAAACCUUCACCCCAGCCAUCUCCAAAGUCUGCUCCAAAGAACUCACCUAAGAAAGCAGGUGCUCCGGCAGCCCCGCCUCCCCCUCCCCCUCCCCUGGCCCCCCCCUUUAUCAUGGAGAAUCUCAAGAACUCACUGUCACCAGCUACCCAGAGGAAGAUGGGAGACAAAGUGCUCCCUGUCCAGGAGAAGAACUCACGUGACCAGCUCCUGGCUGCUAUCCGUUCCAGCAACCUUAAGCAGUUGAAGAAGGUGGAGGUGCCCAAACUGCUCCAAUAGGACCAGGCAGCUGGGCACCGGUGCCAAUGCCAUGACUGCCCAGACUCUAGUACCAGGGCUACACCGACCCCCGCCACCCCACCCUGGCUGAGCUGUCGCAGUUGUCCCUGUCCACCGUGGGAGAGUGCGAGACCUGGGCCACGCUCGAGGGAAGACACCUCGUCUCUUCUCACUUUCCUUUUCUUGUCUCCGAGGCUCUCCGAAAAUUGCUUUGAAACCUGGAGCUGAAGUUCCAGGACAAGAGGAGUUCUUUGAGCACGUCACAGAGAAGAUGGUAUCGUCAUAUCCCAUGUAGCAGGCAUGCUGCCAAAGGCUUCCAAUGCAGAGAGGAUGUCUCCCAGGGACCACACAUCCACCCCAGCCUCACUGCCUCCAGGGCCAGGAUUCAGGCCUCUGAGGAGCCCUUGGGGGAAGCUGCUGGGCCAGUGGCUCUCUAUGGAGCAAUGGUAGAUGGAUGGAGAGGGCAUGGGGGUCCAAGGGCAGAGCAGGAGAGCUGAGGAGGCCACCAACCCCUUCAUCUGCUGUGCCUGGGCAGCAGGCCUGGUUGGAGGUGCCUGACAGAGAGGAGGCUCCAAAUGGAAGUGGAGAGACAGCAGCUGGAUGGACAUGAAGGGUUGAUGCCAAAGCAGACGUUUUCUUCACAUCACCUGCUGCUGUAUAAAUAGCUAUAUAUCUGUUUUUCCAUAAGAUUUUGAUAAUAUAUACAAACCUUUAGCUGCGAGCGGCCAUGCCUCACCUCUUUUCAUGUGUUAAUGGUUCUAACGUCCACUCCAGGUUCCCUAGAAGGCCUCCAAAAGCUCAGGGUCUCUGCCAAACCGUUCAAGGUCUUUGUGGACACCAGCCAUGGAGCCUGUGCUGUAUGCUACAGAAAGGGCGGUAUGGGGGAGUGCUUGAACUCCCGAGGAGACAACCUCCUGACCUGGUGUUCCAGGACUGCUCCUCAGUCAGUCUCUCUGCCUUAUAUCUAUGCCCAGAACUGUUCUCAGGGGUGACAGGGCAGAGAGGCACACAGGGCCCGGGGAUGGCUAUAUUAGGCACGUUCAGGGAUGAUCAUUCUGGGACUCUUCAUACUGUGGGCUCAGGGCCAGCUCCUCAACUCACAGCAGUUAUAGGCCAAGGAAGGCACAGAGAACCAGAGUGACUGAGUGAGGACAACACCUGCACCAGGGUGACUUCGGGCCAGGGUGCUUCAGCUGGAGGCAGAGCCACCACAGCCACCACUGUCCCGGCUAGGGGUGAAGCUCAGUGUUAGCUCCUAUGGCUAACAUGGAGGCCUCAGCUUCCACCCCCAACACUGCCCUCACAAGUUUCUUUCUAACUCUUACUGACCUAAAAGGAGCUGUGGCGCCAUGAAACUGUCACCUUGGCUCUUGGUCACAGACAGGUUCGCUGCCUCCAUUUAUUUUAUUUUAUUUUAUUUUAUUUUAUUUUAUUUUAUUUUAUUUUAUUUAUGUUUAGCCUCAGUAGUGGAGAGCAAAGUGGUUGGAAUAUGAGCAGGAUCCUACCUCCCUACAGAAGCAGAACAGCUGUCCUAGGACUGGCUUAAAUGAGAGAGAGUCAACUCCUAUCCCAUCGUCCACUCCGACCCCAUUCCUCCCCAACUCAUCCACUGCUUAAGUAACGGGUAUUCCAGGAGAGGAGAGAAACCAGCUGGCUCUCGGUUCUCCAAGGGUGUGAUUUGGAGCCAAGCCCACAAGCUCGCACAUGAUGGGUACAGGGCACUAGCUAGAUGCUUAAGGGCGCCUUCUGCUGGUCUUUCAGCCAAGCCCCUGGAAGUCAAUAGCCUCGCUGUUUUGCAGAUAGAAUUAGUCAGCGGAGCAUGUGCACAUGGCAAAUAAGAGGCAGAACUGAGGUCUUCACUCCUUUCUGCCGCUGAAAAACGGACCCGUGAUAGUGUUUUACAAUGGCACUGAAGGCCAGACAGAACCAGCUAACCCAGCUAGUUU